AUGCCUUCUGGAGAGGGAUACAGCUACAAGAGCUCUGGCACUAACAGCCAGGGCAACCACUACUGCGCCCGCGAUUAUGGUUCCGGUGCUUCUAACUCGAACAGCUACCACUAUUCCAACUCGAACGGUUCUUACUACUACUCCAACCCCAAUGGAAGUACUUACUACAAUAAUGGAAAUGGGGGCUCGAACUACACUCCCGCUGGCGGCUCAGGAUCUAGCUCUGGCUCGAGCAAGAAAUAG